GAGAGGCAUCGUUAGCGGGUUACCAGGUGCGUAAUCACAACUAUCGGUAGUGAUCUUACUUUCAAAUUUGUGAGAAAGUAAUUUCAAAGAUGGACAGUGCUGUGCAGCUCAUCUGAUCCGCGCAGUGUCCGUGUACUAGAGUGCUGUAAGCUGUAGUCGGACAGCGGUGCCAGACUUCAGUUAGACCCUUACACUAACGGGUAACCAACCACCCUUACGAUGUUGUCACCCACAGGGGACCGCUCUAAGCGUAGGGGCGCGCCCGCAGCGAGAGCACUUCGUGGCACAGGCCACUUCCUGCGCCCCUCUUCAGCGACUGACGGCGAACCCAGCGCCGCGCUAGCACCACAGCCAACGGCCCCGCAGCAGGUGACUCCCGGCGUCAGGUCCGGCGCAGCCCCGCAGCCAGAGGAGUGGGACGCCGUCCCAGGGCAGCAGCAGCGGCAGCAGCAGCAGCGACAAGCGGAGGCGGAGCCACCCUCGCCGCAGCCGAGAAUACCCUACCUGACCAACGGGCAUCAGGAAGGCCCGUUGACCUUCUACCACGCUCUGUCCGAGGUCUUCGCGAGCUACGAACUCGGGGGACAUCAGGGACCCGCAAGCAGCAACUACGUGAACGGUUCAGCGAUGGCUGCUUCGCUUCAGCAGAGGAACUUCGGAAGUGCCAUUUCGCGGGACUUGCCCUGGCACCAAAGAUCAAUGGCUGCAUCAUAUUCAAAUUUCCAAAUGAAUCACACCCCUUGUCUACCUCAGCAAAUGCAAGAUCAGCAACUUUCUCAGUGCCAGCCGCAAGAAGACUAUCAGCACUGCCCAUCUCCACUGUUGAAUGACAAUCAAUGCUGCCUGAGCCCUGGAUUUCCACCUAUUACUAUGCCACCUCAACAAGUGCCUAUAUCUAGCCAGGUACCAUCAGUUACGGGACCACAAACUCAGCAGGAUAAUUUGAGAGAUCCUGUAGACUUAAUUAGUGAUUUUCUGCAGGCAGUCAGAGUUGAGUCUCCAUUGGACCCAUUCAAUUUUAGUAGCAGUGGAAGCACUAGCCCAGGUUCUAAUCAAGGUAGCAACAUUGCAGUUACACCUUUUGUACCUGAAAGAGAUGACUCAAAGGUGUUCGGGGAAGUUGAAGCUAGCUACCAAACUAUCAGAAGUCAGAUAGAACAUCUGAAAUUUAUCAGAGAGUGUAUUGAACAUAGGGCACAGCAGGCUGUAUCAGAGAUCCAUGCCAUGAAACAGCACAUUGUAUCAUCUCUUGAUGAACGUGAAAGGCAGUUGCUGCUACUUGUAGAUCGUGUCAGGACACUGAAGGGUCAAGCUUUGAAUCAUCAGUCAGGUACACUGAGUAAGACUUUGGACUCUCUUUCAACAUGGCUUAAAUGUGCUAAAAAGGCACUGCAGAUGGGUGGCUUGACAACUCAGAUGACAGCAGGUGCCCGGAAACUGCUUGCAGACAUACGUGAAUCACCAUUCCAACCCUGUGAAAAUGAUGCAUUAGUUUUCACACCUGUACCAUUCAACAGCAUGAUCACCAUUGGCAAUAUUUCAAGUUCUGGGUAUGCCCCACAAUGUUGUGUGUUGGGUAAUGGUGUAUCGUCUGCACUGUGUGGUAAUGUCACAACUUUCAUGGUCAGAGUGAAGGAUCAUCUUGGAGAACAACGGAGAGUAGGUGGUGAUCUAGUUUCAGCUGUUCUGGCUGAGCCUGGUCGGAGGUGGAAAGCAGCUAAGGUGGAAGAUAGAGGUGAUGGCACAUACCUGGUGACAUACUGCGCCAUGGUGGAAGGUCUACAUACAAUGUAUGUCUACCUGCGAGGGCAACAAAUUGCUGGGUCACCAUUUUGCAUAACAGUUCGGUCUCGGCGGAAUUAUAGAAGCAUAUCCCAGCCAGUGAUGAUAAUUGGAAGUGAAGGCACUGCAGAGGGUCAGCUGUGUCGACCUUGGGGAGUGUGCUGUGAUUCAAUUGGAAACAUCAUAGUGGCAGAUCGUAGUAACAAUCGCAUCCAAGUGUUUUAUCCAGAUGGUUCAUUCAGCCACUGCUUUGGCAGACAGGGUAAAGGAAUAGGCGAGUUCGAACGGCCAGCAGGGGUGGACACCAAUUCAGCUGACCACAUUAUUGUUGCAGACAAAGAUAACCAUCGUAUUCAAGUAUUUACCUUAAGUGGAAAGCCAUUAUUAGCAUUUGGUGAAAGAGGUACUGCAGAUGGACAAUUCCAUUACCCCUGGGAUGUAGCAGCAGCACCAGAUGGACGCAUAGUUGUUUCAGACACAAGGAAUCACAGAGUUCAGAUGUUCACUCCUGAUGGCAUAUUCAUAUGUAAAUAUGGUUAUGAAAGCUGCUCAAAUAUGUGGAAGCAUAUGGAUAAUCCACGAGGAGUAUGUUUCAAUAAGGAUGGUGGUGUUAUUAUGACAGAUUUUAACAAUCACAGACUGUUUCUGAUAAAACCUGACUUCAGCAAUGCAAUCUAUCUUGGUAGUGAGGGACAGAGAGAAAUGCAAUUUCUAAGACCACAAGGUGUUACAGUUGAUCUUGAAGGCCAUAUUAUAGUUGCAGACUCACGAAAUCACAGAGUACAAGUGUUUGAUCCCAGUGGUGACUUCUUGGCUCAGUUUGGAGACAUAUCUCUGAUGGACCGUCCAAGUGGGAUCUGUGUAUCACCUGAUGGAAAAAUCAUACUUGUUGAUUUUGGCCACCACAGAGUUUUGGCUUUCUGACAACAGGAUCUUGAUAAGUAUACAGGAAAGAUAAUUAUUCCCUUUAUGCUGAAGAAAGUCUUUAUGAUGCAAUAUAGUUUGCCAGCCACCUGAACAAGACUAUCAGUUUACACUGUCUUUGUGAUUUCCUUUUACUUUCCUUUUUUAUAUUUAGAUAGAAUAUUAGUGCAUAAUUACCACCCAUUUUCCUUUUGAAUGUAUUACUCGCUCUCAUCUUAUAAAAUAUUUUAAAAAGUAAAGUUGCUGUUCAUGCUCAUUAAUGAGUUAGAUGUUGAGAUAGAGAGAGAGCAUAGCAGUUGUGAUGUAACAAUAUUCCUCCAGUUGUUAGUUUUAAAAAUGUUUGAGGUUGUUGUUUAGGUUUAACUGGUGAUUAUAAUCAUCAAAGACUGACUUAUAAAAUUGUUUUAUUUUUAAAAUAUUAAGAGAACUCCAGAAACAUUCCUGGAGUUAUAAUUUCAGUAGCUUUAGUGCUUGUGCACAAAGACAGAAUUGUAACUAAUUGUAAUAGUUCCUAUAAGGUAAUACCAAAAACAUCUAUGAAAUUAUCAGACAGUUGGCUGUUUUCCCUUGAACAUAGUGUUUAAGUCGCAGGACAUAGGAACAUAAAUUAUUUUUAAAAAAUUGGAAAAAUGGAAGUACCACAAAUGAGACCACAGUUUGUAAAUAAUGCAUAUUUAUGACUCUGUGGUCAGAGAUUUUGCUCAACAUAAACAAACAUGUUCGAUGUUAGUUAUAUCAAAACUUGACAAAUCUUGUAGAGGAUGAUACUCUUCUCCACAAUAUUUUGGCAGCUGAAGUGCUCUGUAAGAUACUUUGCAGAUCAUUCACUAAAACAGUGACAUUGCUAUCUUCCACUAGAUUGCAGUAUGACUGCAUUUAAUGUUAGCUGAAACAUUCCACCAUUUGACAGUUGACAAUUUGGACACUAUACACUCUGUGUAUAAUAAUAUGUAUUUUUAAAUAGGUCAUGCCAUGUUGCGUGAUACCUCCAGUGUGUGGACAAUUGACAGAAGGAAAUUUCUGUGUAAAUCAGGUUGUGGGUUUUUAUUAAAAACUACACACAGACCAAAGAUCCCAUAAAAAUUCUGCUCUGAGCAAAGAAAUUUCCACAUGCCUGGUGAUAUCCUUAUUUUAAAAUUGAAGUCUAAGACUGCAUUUUAUAUUAUACAAAAUUCAUCCUCUUAAAUGAAGAUUGAGGUUUAGAUAAAUAGUAAUACUAUAUUGCAUGAAGUUUUAUUUUGGAAUUUAUUUCUAAUUUUCUUAACAUCGUAUGUUGUUGACAGAGGAAAAAUUAAUUUUUUGCAGUAGAAAACACAUCCUGACAUACUUCAUUAAUGUUUCACAAUUUACCAAAUUGGUUUUCUGCACUGUUACCUGAAAUCUAAUUCAACAAUGUUUUAUGAACUGUUUUAAAUAUUUUAUAUAUUUAUGAGGAGGAACUAUAUUAAUAGUAACACUAACACUAUCACAAUGCGAUAUUUGUAAGCAUUUUUAAAAAAUGUUAUAAAGUAUAUCGAACAGGAAACUCAGGGAUUUUCUAUGAACAUUAUUUUGUACAUUCUUUUGUAUUUAAACGUUUCAGCAUAGACUGUACAAAUUCUGUGCAUGAAGUAUGAAUAUAGAGAAAUCCAUUUUUCCAGUGUCUGUUAUCUGUAGGUCAGGUCUUAACAUUUUACUACAGGGGUAUGUUUGCUUGGCCCUAUUUUAGUAAGACACACACAAAGAAGGCAGGAAAAAUGGGCACUGGGCCAGUAGCCAUUAGUCCUUGUAAGAAGUUUAAAUUUAGAUAAUUUUUUUUCAGUGUAUACUGUGGAUAUUAUAAUUGAAAAGGUGAAGCUAAUAUGAAAGGAAAACAUUUUUAAAUGUAUAAAUUUAUAUAAUUCUAGUCUCCAUUAAAUUUUAACAUUAAUACAAUGAACUUGAGCUUUCACUGUCAUUGUUAAAGUAAGUGAUAGUGUUUUACAGAACAUGAAGUAAACAGCAUUUUAAUAUAGUAUGUCUUGGAAACUUUCUUUCAUAAAGAAGUUACUCUCUGUACUAUCUAUUCAUGGGAUUGUUAUUCAGAGAUAAGUAUUAAAGAGCACAUAAUAUCCCUCUACUUUGGUUUUGAUGUCUCAGUAAGCUGAUGCCUGUGUGCCUUCUUGGUAGAACCCAUUGAUAUUAAGAUAUGUGUAAAAUUUCUUUGCUAAACCAAAAUAAUAGGGAGUGAAUUGGAAGAUCAAUUGUGGUGAAGAAAUGAGAAAUUUCUUCUAGUAAAAGAAAAAUCAUUUCACCAUUAAGUGGUAUAUAGGUGUCUGUAACUAAUUGAAACAAAAUUACAUAUUCAUUGUCUUUUUUUUCUGCAAAUGCUGUUUCAAUAUUUAGUUUUUAACUGGACUGGCUAGUAAAGCAAUGGGCAAAUUAUAGCAUAAACUCUAUUGAAAUAAACUAUGUUGGACAUGUAUGAAAAAAGGAGUAUACUUAAUAACAAUGGCAAUAAUGAAACAGGUAACAUUUCACUGGCUCCUGCUUCCUUUAAAUGUUAUAUCAGUUACUUUUUAUCUCAUGUUUAAUGAACAUUGUCACAGAACUAAUAGUCUAAUAUGAUCUGUACCUGUUCUUUGUUUUUAGAAAAUUAGUAACCUUUGGCAAAUUGAAUUUGGUUUGUGAAGUUAAAAUUUAAAUGAGUGUCACAGAAACUUGCUGAAGUUACUAAAAUGAAGUAAUUUACUGCAGCAUCAAAGACUGUAAAAAUGAAAAGGUGGGAAAUAUAAAUGUAAAAUGUAAUUAGAAAAAAUACUCAAACAUCAAAUGUACUUUACAAUUCAUUUCUCGGUGUUCACUGAAAGUUGAUUCUUAUGCUUUAAUAAUAAGAAAACAUAUUUAAAAAAUUUGAUGCAUAUGCAGUUACAUUUUUAUAAAUUACUGUAGUUUGCACUUAAAUCUCUUCAUUAUAAGAACAUUGUCCCAUAGGGCAGCAAUAAGUAAUUUUAUUGAUGAAAACCUCACUUUUGCACAGUAAAACGUGUCAUCUUGGUUAAUGAGCAGCCAUGUCACAUUAAGUACUUACCAGAGUAAUCUUAGUAGUUCUCAACCAGACAAGAGAGGUCAGAGUCUCCAAAUGGAACUUCUCAUGCAAAAUAUAUUCUACACAUUGUUUGGAAUUUCUUGUUUUCCAGCACUUUCCCUAAAUUAAGGAUAUAUGAAAUUAUUUUUCCAAUAAAACUCCCCUGCAAAUGUUUAAAAGCACUUGUUUUGUAAAUAAAACUGCCUUUUCUUGGCAGCAACUAGAUUUAUUUUUCCCACACACAUUUCACCUUAUUCUUCCUCUAUGGCAUUAUAAGUGGGAUUGCUGAUGAUGCCUUAUAGCAAGAAAAGGUGAAAUGUGUCUGGGAAAAAUAAAUUAAGUUACAGCAAGAAAAGGUGGUUUUAUUUACAAAACAUGUAUUUCUGUGCUUGCUGUGGAUUUGGCCACACAAAAAAACUUGUUUAAAAACUCAUUGUGGUUUAUAAAUGUUUUCUUAACAGUAGAUCACAUGCCUAUUUUAGUUUUUUUUAAUACUUCUUUCUGGAUUUUUGCGGUAGAAUUUAUUCUCUCUCUCUCUCUCUCUCUCUCUCUCUCUCUCUCUCUCUCUCUCUCUCUCUCCCCCUCUCAUGCACAUGCACAUGCACAUGCACAUGCACAUGCGCAUCUAACAUGUUUUUUCCCCAUGGCAUAAGUGGUGUGUACCACUCUCAAUUCUAAAGCUGCACGUUAGGUAUAUUUAUCACAUAUAGUGGGAUGGUAAUAUAAACAACUGAGAACACUUCACAACCAAGAAGGAAGUGUCUAGUAAAAAAUGUAUUUAAUGGUCAGUGAAGGGGUUACAUACUAUAUGGUCUCAAACUACAUACAUUUAAUGUUCCUUUGUUAAUAAUAUUUUUACUGUGUUUAAUUCUCUGUUCCUAUUAAUUAUGAACUGUAAGCUUAUAUAAAGCAGUUCAUUUUAUAUUCAGCACACAUACUGCACUACUGAGUAACAAUAAACAAUUGUAAGAGUUCAUCAGAACGUGUCAAUGAUAUUUACUUGUCUUUUUGACUAGGUAAUUCAAACUGUAAUUUGAUUAUUCUUUUAAGGUACUAUACAGGUUUUAGAAUAGCCUUUAUUUUGUGUGUUGUGAAAACAAGGAAAAAGUUUAUCGGUGUAAAAACUAUAUGGAAUAUUUGGAAUUAUUUCUGUGUCCGUCACUAUUAUUAUUAUUAUAAUUAUAAUUAUUAUUAUUAUUUACAUUAAUGUUUUACACUGCACACAGAGCAGUAAACUAGGUAUAUGAGCAAGCAUAUCUCACCAAUGAAAUGCAAAGAUUUCAGAAAUAAUAAAAAUGUAUUUAUCAUAAUUAACCCAUUCACUCGUGUUAGAACAAUGUGUCUCGGUUGCUGUUCUUGGUGCUAUCAGUUUAUACACAUUUUCAUAGCACUCAGUGGGAACAGUGUGUAAUGAAGAAAUCAGAGGAGAUUAUUAAUCUUUCAUAAGUAAUACCAAAAAUAAAUGUCAUUAAAAUAUCAAUAUUUAUGGGUCAAGACUAUAAGUAACCAUAUAGUGUGCAUUUAUUGUUGAUUUCCUACACUGUGUUUAAAAAUUGUUAGUUUUGUAAAUAGGAGAAACUAUGGGCAUUAUUGACACAGGUGUUGUUGGAUAAAUUCUGUUCAUUAACUCCCGGAAGCAGAUCUGCUUACCAAAGAGAAGCUGAUUAAGACUGAGUAAUAUUUACUGUUUACCACUGAAAUUUAUUUCCAAGAGAAAGUAAACAAACUGGUAUUAAGAAAGCUAGUUUUGAAUGAUUAUACACAUGUAUAUGUGGCUAAAUUUCCUCAAAGUACAUUCCUUGAACAGUAAGACUGCAAAACGGAGAGUACAAAAUCAUAAUUGUUCUUUGUUUCACUAAUGUGAAUAAUUUUGACAAUACAAUUGUAGUUCACUCUUUGAGAUUAGUGGAAGAAUUUGACAAACUUUUUAGGCUGAGGCUCUGUAAUAUAUGUAGUACUUUUCCUGUCCCUUUUGUAAGCAACUACAUGCCAUACUAUCCCCUACAGAAGUACAAAACUGUUUCUAUGCAUGACAACUCCAUACUGUAAGUUUCUAGAUUUUUCUGAGGUGUAAUCUUGCUGGUGGGAGUUGUUCAGUAUAUUAUAAUUGAAAAGAUGAAAAAAGGGAGAGGACUGAUAGACAUAUUGCAUGCAGUCAUGUUUUAAUAUGACCUGUACAUUCCUUCAAGUUGUCAGAUAAGAAAAACAUAUUUUUACUGUUUAAUAAUAGUCUGUUCCACAGUUGUUAAGCAGCUGAAAUAGGAAUGAAACUUUGUAGCAGCAUUCAAAUUUGUUGCAGUAAUAUUGUAUGAAAUUUUGUUAGUAUGAACAAAAUAAGUGAUCUUGUGCAUUCGUAUUUUCUUUUCAGUGUUUUCAUGUUGUCACUCUGAUACAGUGCUGUCAAUUUAAGAAUAAUUACUGAUACCAAUUACAAUAAAUUUGAAGAAACUGAAUAAAGUUGAUAUACUGAGCAGUUCAUUUUUACUUCAGUAUCAAACAGUAAUAA